AUGCAGAUGGAUGAGAUUAACAUCUUUGACGGCAUGGUCGAACCGAGCGACGAGAAGACCGACGAUGAAUUCCCUCCUUUCGAUCUCCCAGUUCAGGAUGUGAGCGAACUUGCCUUGUUAAAGGUAGCCGUGGAUGAAGAGGACGGGAUGGCCGAUGACAAGAUCGAGGAGGGCGAGAUCACUCUGCAAGAUAGCCUGGAACCGACACCAGAAGCCACGCCUCAAAUUGACACCGACAUCGAUAUGCUGGAGGAUGAGAUGCUGCAGCUUGCACCGGCCGUGCAAUUCGAAGUUGCAAUCCCGGAGCUCUCUGUUGAGAAACAGAGUGAAUACUCGACGGUAUAUAGCAGUGUUGUCGAACAGAUCGCCGGUGUUUCUGAUUUUACCCAAGAUCCGCUCCAGUACGAUGUCGAAUUCACUGACGGCAGAGUUGAUCCGCUCGAUGCUGCCGAUAUCCUCGAGUACAUAAAUGGCGAAGAAGCUCUGCACCAAUACCAAGACUCAGUCGAUAUGACCGCCGCCGAUCGCAAGCGAAAAUACGCCCCCGAUGAGGAAUGGGAUCCCGAAUUAAAUGUCGCCGUCUUUGAUGCUGGAGGCCUUGAUGACGAAGAAGAAGAUGAAGACAUAAUCUCCACUCGCAGGCGCCCUUCUCGCCCACUUCGCGUGUUGCGCUCUCGGGAGGCAAGCAGCCGUCCGAGCCAUGCUGGUGACUCCAUAAACUCAGAGGGCGAGGACGAAGACGGCUUGACAGACACCAAUCAGCCAAGGCGGAACCUCCGAAAGCGAAGAUCCACACAACUGAGGCUCACCAAUAUGUCGUUCAAUACCAGCCAUAUUGAUCAAGAUAUGGACGAACUGGCGCUGGAUUCUCGCCAGUCCUCGGAAGACGAAGACGCAUUUAUGCCCGUUGUAUCCGACCUCGCAUUGAAAAAGGGCCGCCCUAACAGAGCUGUAGGUUCGGGGGGCUCUGAUAUCGAGUUUGAACAGCCUCGACGGUCUGCAAGAGCUACCAGAAACCAGAUGAGUAUGCAAGAUGAUGCCUUUAUGGACGACGAUUCAUUCUACGUGGUAGAGGAAAAGGCAUCUAUACCAAAGAUUAUUUCCGUCAGAGAAGUUUUCCAAUCAAUCUCUGCCGACUCCGACUUUGGAUCUGUACAUAUGCAGUCAUGCCAUACCUGUGGCGGCUCAAAGCAGCGCGGCCAGCUGCUUUAUUGUCAAGGAUGUUGCUUAACUUAUCACAAGAACUGCAUUGGAUUUUGCCUCAAUACUCACGCAAAGAAAGAUAGCAGUGCACCAAGACAUAGCGCCUGCCAGGAGUGCAAGAAAGACGGCCGAUCCUGCGCUGCCUUUUCUCGAAAGAAGACUGCCCGACAGGAAGAAAAAUUGCGCGAGGAGAAUGGCGGUGUCGACCCCGUCACCCCAGUGUCACCUGAACUCAUCAACAAUGCCGACAAUGUUCUUUUCCGUUGUACCGCCUGUCACCGUGGAUGGCACCAGGGGCAUCUACCAUCCAUGGGCAAUGACUCUAUUGGAACGGACGUCAAAUCCGAGCGCCUCAAGGAUUACUCAGUCGACUGGCGGUGUAAUGAUUGCAGUUCUAUUAGAAGCAAGAUUCAUCGGCUGGUGGCGUGGCGACCCGUGGUCCAGCAAAAUCCCCUCCCAGCUUACGGAGAUAUCAGUGAAGACGAAAGAGAAUAUCUCAUUAAAUGGCAAGAUACCUCAUUUGCUCACUGCUCUUGGGCAUCCGGAGCUUGGGUGUUUGGUGUCAGUGCCGGCAAUAUGCGAUCCUCUUUUGCAAAACGAGUACUUGAGCAGGAUCUUCUAAAGCUCACCAGCGAAGAGGCAAUUCCAGACGAAUACAUCACCCCCGACAUCAUUUUUAACGUCAAGUUCGACGGCCCCGGCGCUCUGGGGAAAACAAAAGCAGAAGAUCUUGCCAAUAUCUCUCGGGUCAAGAAAAUAUUGGUCAAGUUUCAUGGCCUUGGGUAUGAUGACGUUGUGUGGGACUCUCCUCCUCCUGCUGAUAAACCUCGACUCUACAAGGCCUUUGUAGAAGCAUACCGCGAAUACAUCGAAGGCAAAUACUUUCAAAACGACUCUCAGAAUAAGAUGCGAGAACGCAUCAAGCUGUACAAGAAUACUAAAUUUGCAGAAGUAGACACACAACCUGCUGGCCUUACACGAGGAAAGCUCAUGGGUUAUCAGAUAGAGGGCCUCAAUUGGCUCUUACAAAAUUAUCACCAAAGCCGAAGUGUCGUUUUAGCAGACGAAAUGGGAUUGGGCAAAACAGUUCAGGUCGUUGGUGUUGUGACCUCCCUAGUGCAGGAUAUGCCCAAAUGCUGGCCCUUCCUCAUCGUGGUUCCAAAUGCUACUUGCGCCAACUGGCGUCGAGAAUUUAAACAAUGGGCACCGGGUGUCAGAGUUGUUGCUUAUCAUGGAGGCAGAGAGCCCCAGGAGCUCGCUUACAGAUAUGAACUAUUUCCAGAUGGCGCCGCAGACCUGAAAGCUCAAGUUGUUAUCAUGUCGUAUGAUUCGGCACAAGAUCCACGGACGUCUUCUCUAUUCAAGUCCGUCAACUGGAAGGGAUUGGUUGUUGAUGAAGGUCAGCGAUUGAAGAAUGACCAAAACAUUCUCUACAAUGCCCUGAAGUCCAUGAAGAUACCGUUUCGACUAUUGUUAACUGGUACGCCACUGCAAAACAACAAGAGAGAACUUUUCAACCUCUUGCAGUUUAUAGAUGAGAAGCAAAACGCGGAGAAGUUGGAUGAGGAAUAUGCCGUUUUGGACAAAGACAAUCUUCCUAAGCUACACGAGAAAAUUCGGCCAUAUUUCUUGCGAAGAACAAAACUUGGCGUCCUCAAAUUUCUUCCUCCCAUGGCACAGAUUAUUCUCCCCGUUACCAUGACCGUUAUCCAGGAGAAGCUAUCAAAGAGCAUCAUGGCAAAGAAUCCGCAGCUUAUUCGGGCUGUGUUUGCCAAUAGUAAAAUGAACGCAAAAGACCGUGGUAGCUUGAACAACAUCCUGAUGCAACUGCGCAAAUGCUUAUGCCACCCCUUUAUGUAUUCUGAAGCAAUUGAAGAGCGCCACCAUGAUCCCGUGGUUCUCCAUCGCAACUUGGUAGAGGCAUCUGCUAAACUUCUGUUAUUGGAAAUCAUGCUGCCCAAGUUGAAGGAGCGAGGUCACCGUGUCCUCAUAUUCAGCCAGUUUCUGCAGCAGCUUGACAUUAUCGAAGACUUUCUCAAUGGAGUCGGUUACGGAUACCGUCGUCUAGAUGGCUCGAUAUCCAGUUUGGAGAAACAACGACGUAUUGACGCCUUCAACGAACCCGGUUCCGAGCUUUUUGCCUUUUUAUUAUCAACAAGGGCUGGUGGUGUUGGUAUCAAUCUUGCGACUGCAGACACCGUCAUAAUCAUGGACCCGGAUUUUAAUCCUCACCAGGAUAUCCAGGCGUUGUCUCGUGCCCACCGCAUUGGCCAAAAGAAUAAGGUCCUAUGCUUUCAACUCAUGACCAAGGAUUCCGUAGAGGAACGAAUCAUGGAAAUUGGCCGCAAGAAAAUGGCUCUGGACCACGCACUCAUCGAAAGCAUGGACGACGAGGAGCUUGAAGGUGCCGACUUGGAAUCGAUCUUGAAGCACGGUGCCCAAGCCUUGUUUGACGAAGGUUAUGAGAAAACAGCAAUUCACUAUGAUUCUGCGUCUGUCGACAAGCUCUUGGACCGCUCCCAGAUGGAGCAGACUGCGGCAAAUGAAGACAACUCUGCCGAAAGCCAGUUUACCUAUGCCCGGGUAUGGGCGAAUGACAAGCUUGGUGUCUGGGACCAGAUCCUUGCUCAAAGAGAGGAGGAAGCUCGGCGAGAAGAGGAGGCUAAUAAAGAAGUCCUUGGACGCGGUGCAAGACGACGCAUGGCUGUCAACUACAGGGCAAAGGGCACAGAUAUUGUUGCCGUAGUUGGUGAUGUCGCUGCCGAGUCUUCGGAUUCUUCUUCUGACGACUUUGACGGAGCAAACAUGCCGGAAUCUGACGAUGACAAAACCGACGAUGACAUGAACCCCUCGACAAAUGCCGUGACAGAAGCCGAGAUUUUAUCGAUGCAAGACGGCGGAGCCAAACCGCGGCAAAGCAUUGCCUUCCCCAAAGAACAACAAUUUGAUUCAAAGCGAAGACAAAACCUUCCGCCUCCGAGUGGAUCACAGCCGGCGUGGACUGCAGACGUCCCCCGUAAGAGGGGCAGACCUCGAAAAUCAUUGCCCAUCCCUGACGCCAGGGCUGUAAACACUAAUGACAGCUCUCAAACAAAAUUACGAGCAGCACAACAACCAACUACCCCUGCACUGGUAUAUAGGAAAGGCUUUGAUACGGUUAGACGCCAGCAAACCUUCCAACAUUACCAGCAAUACAUCCAGAAUGGCGGCCGACCACCGCCCACAGGCAUUCCGCAACCGCAACCUCAUCCCGCCGUACCCCCCCAAACACCACCAACCGGGUUCGAGUAUCUGGCUCUUCUCAACACCGAAGCACAGGUCCGCGUAGCGCUGGACGUGGUUCACCGUGCUGAAAGACCAGCAUCAAUGAAGCAGCGACACAUGGCCGCUCUGUACCACAGGUUAGGCCAAGUGCACAUGCAAAACGGGACUCGGCAGAGUUGA